UUCUCACAUCAGAUUAUCCCUGCCAUCGCAUAUCCCCAGACCCCACGAGCAGAGCAUAUACUACUCUUUCCAUCUACAUCGUGGUUCUUUCCAUCAUUGACGUAUUACUCGCGCAGCCCCUACGGGCUUGAGAUAUCAAUUUACCCGAAACCCGACAGCCAUCAAAGGUAUAAUCCAGGGUUUUACGAUCUCAUGUAGCUUCAUAGCCCUUAGAAACUCAUCAUGGCUGAUGAGAGCUGCACUUCCCCCUCGACAUCAGCAGCCAACGCAACUGGUCGAGCAACAUCGCUUACCGGUAAUGAACCCCCAAGUUUCAGCCUGCGCCGAGCUGCAACAGUUGGUCAAUCCGCUCCCAUGCGGCGUCGCUCCACUGUGAAUACGGGCUCGCCCUCUGCCGCCGAGAAUGGCUUUGCAGAUGUUCGAAGACGGAGCUCCACAUACUCGGACUUCAGUUUGAACGAUGCUAGAAGGGAUCUGGAGACAAGCGCAGAUGAAAUCCUCAAUCCGAGCAAGUCUGGCUCGAAGCAAGGGGAAACAUCCCCAUAUGUCUAUGUUCCACUUACAUUGGCCUUGCUCCCCGCCAUAGCCGGUAUAUUCUUCGAAAAUGGGAGCGCUUUCUUCACCGAUCUGAUACUACUCAGCUUGGCUGCUGUAUUUCUUCAUUGGUCCGUCACGCAACCGUGGGAUUGGUAUCGCUCCGCGCAGGAAAUACGCAUCGUGAGAGAUGAGAUUAUGACGGAGGCUGUCUUCGAGUCUGACAGCGACGUCGAACCACCCACAACUCUCGAAAAUGUCCCCGAAGAAGCAAGCAAAAAGGAUGAGUCUGGGGAAGCAACCGAAGGCGCAUCCGAAAGACGAAGUCGUCAGUGGAAAGAGCGCCAACAUGCAGCGCUCAGAGAACUCUAUUUUCAUGAGAUGGCUGCUCUAGCAUGGUGUUUUAUAUUUCCUUUACUCGGCGCAUAUCUUUUACACACUAUUCGCGGGCAGUUGACGAGACGCUCCGAAGGUCUAGUAUCCGACUACAACCUCACCAUUUUCCUUUGUGCCGCUGAGAUCCGCCCCGUUUCACAUCUAAUAAGGAUGCUCCAACACCGAACAUUACGGAUCCAGCAAAUCGUCGCGAAGAACCCCCAUGAAAAAAGAUCGGUUACAACGGAGGAGUUCAAAGCACUUUCUGCCAGGCUAGAUGAGUUGGAAGCACAAGGAGUCACUAGUGAUACUAAUUCGAACACUACCGUACGACCUGAUGUGCCACAGUCAAAAGCGAUUCAGACGGCAGUGGCUCAAGAGGUUCGCAGUAGCAUUCAACCAGAGCUGGAUGCUUUAAAUCGCGCUAUGCGCCGAUAUGAGAAGAAGCUCACACUCCUCGCAUGCCAAACCGACAACCGUAUCGAGUACGUCGACUACAGGCUCAAUGACGCCAUCGCGCUUGCUGCCGUCGCAGCCAAGAACAGUAACGCUCAAUGGAACCUGGGCGUGUGGUUCAUGGACAAGACUAUCGCGCUCAUUACGCUUCCGUUUCAUGCGUUAGUAGCAGUAUCUACCUUUCCCUUCCGGACGAUAUCCGCUAUGCUUAGUCGGAAGAGUAGAUCUUCGUCCGAGAAGGCCCAGAGAACUAUACGCAACGGGAAAGCGGUCGCUCAAGGCAGAGUCGGUUCUGAUCGCAUGCCUGCGCGCGUGUCUAGGAGAUAGGGUUCGUGUAUUAUGAGGCUUAUGAAUGUACGAUGGCGGUUAGGUUAUAGGGAUAUAGGUUAG